CUUCUUCGCAUUCAAAACCCCUUCAAUUCAAAUCAAGGGAACUUGCUAGGCUUCAUUCUCUGUUUCAAAGAAGAAGAUGGCUCGUAACGAAGAGAAGAGGCAAUCCACGCUGAACCGCUUCGUCGAGAUGCAAGCGGAGGAGAAAAGAAAGCCCAAGGAGCGUCGUCCCUUCUUGGCUUCCGAGUGCCGCGAUCUCUCCGAGGCUGACAAGUGGCGCCAGCAAAUCAUGCGCGAGAUUGGUCGCAAAGUCGCCGAGAUCCAGAACGAGGGUCUCGGCGAGCACCGUCUCCGCGAUCUCAAUGACGAGAUUAACAAACUAAUUCGCGAGAAAUCGCAUUGGGAACGGCGGAUUGUUGAACUCGGCGGUCCCAAUUACACCAAGCACUCCGCCAAAAUGACUGACCUCGACGGUAACAUCGUUGAUGUCCCCAACCCUGGGGGCCGUGGCCCCGGCUACCGAUACUUCGGUGCCGCCAAAAAACUCCCCGGCGUUCGGGAACUCUUCGAGAAACCGCCGGAACUUCGAAAGCGCCGCACGCGCUAUGACAUUUAUAAGCGAAUUGAUGCGAGCUAUUAUGGUUACCGUGAUGAUGAGGAUGGUGUGUUGGAGCGGCUUGAGGCGCCGGCGGAGGAUGCUAUGCGGCGUGCGGCUGCGGAGGAGUGGCGGCGUGUGGAUGAGGUUAGGAGGGAGGCGAGGAGGGGAGUGAAGAGCGGGAAGGUUGUGGAGGUGACAGCGGUGGCGAGGGAGUUGCUGAAGGAGGAGGAGGAGGAUGUGGUGGAGGAGGAGAGGGAGAGGGAGAGAGAGAGGAGGGAGAGGUUGGAGGAGGAGGAGAGGAGGGAGUUUGUGGUGCACGUUCCUUUGCCGGAUGAGAAGGAGAUUGAGAGGAUGGUGCUGGAGAAGAAGAAGAUGGAUCUGUUGAGUAGGUAUGUGAGUGAGGGGCUCAUGGAGGAGCAGAGUGAGGCCAAGGACAUGCUCAACAUUCAGCGCUAGGAACAUACUACCAGUUUCAAUUGCCUGGUGGGGUGGUGAAAGUUAUUUGAAGAUCCUCGUUCUAGCUGCACAAUACUAUUGACUUAAAACCUUUUCUUUAAGCUAAAAUUUGCAUAUUAGAAAUGUUGGAAGAGUUUAAAGGAUUUUCUGCCACAUUGUGGAUUCUUCCUGAUAAUAGUCUCUUUCUAGAUCGCCAACGUUUAAUCACAGCCGUCAUUAGACUCCACAUUGUUCUCUGUCCAUGGUAUAAAUAAUUUACAGAAAACAAGUAAAUUAAGAGAACAGUUGUUGAAGUGCCUCCAGUUAGGAUGAAGGGCACCAUGAAGCUGCCAGGGCUAAGACUAGUAGUUUCUGCACCUGGGUCUACAUCUUUGCAUUCUUCUGAUGCAAGCAUACUGUUUUCUAGAUCACGUAGUGUGCCAUUUUCAGAUAUGUUUAGUAGGGCUUGGUUUACACCAUGAAUCAAUGGCG